AUGACUUUUAAAGUCAGUGCUGCUACUCCUGCUUCCUACAACGUAAUUGAUUUACACUCGUGGUCCAGGUCCUCGAGAGAGUCCAUCAAUCACUCUAGUUCAGUGGGCCCUCCUGUUGGUUCAGAAUACAACGCAACAGUGCAUGAAGAUGUAAUGAGUUUCCUUGAUGUCACACGAUUUCACAUGUUGGCUCCAGAAAACCUUCAAAAGAUGGACUUUUUCCCUGAAUCUCCUGGUUAA